UAAUCUGCAUUUAUGUGAAGCUUUGCAAACAUAAAAGAAAAAAACAGAGAGAUAUGGAAGGUAUCCCAGCGACUUCAUUUCAAAAUGAUGGGAAUCUAAAAUCGAAAAACCGUGCAUUUAAUCACUUGCAAGUUCUUAGUAUUACCAAUUCCUUUGAGAAUGUUAUUGGAGAAGGGGGGUUUGGAAAAGUGUACCUAGGCACACUACAAGAUGGUACAAAAGUUGCAGUCAAGUUACUCUCCAAAUCAUCACAACAAGGGUUCAAGGAAUUUCAGUCAGAGGCAGAACUUUUGAUGGUUGUUCAUCAUAGGAACUUGGUUUCUCUUGUUGGCUAUUGUAAUGAUGGUGAGACGAAAGCACUAGUUUAUGAAUACAUGAGUGAAGGAAAUCUCCGACAGAAAUUAUCAGACAGGAAUCCAUGUGCUUUGAAAUGGAAUGAGAGACUUCAGAUAGCACUGGAUGCAGCAUGUGGAUUGGACUAUCUACAUAAUGGUUGUAAGCCAGCCAUAAUUCAUAGAGACCUAAAACCUUCCAACAUCUUGCUGAGCAAAAAUAUGCAAGCUAAGAUUGCUGACUUUGGAUUAUCCAGAGUUUUUUUCGAUGAUACUACUAAUGCUCAGUAUUCAACUUGUCCGGCUGGCACAAUAGGUUAUCUAGAUCCUGAAUUCCAUAGCUGUGGAAACCUGAAUAAGAAAAGCGAUGUUUAUAGUUUUGGGAUAAUUUUGCUUGAGCUUAUGAGUGGUCGGCCAGCGGUAAUGAGAGCACCCGGCAGCAAAAGUCACAUAUCUGAUUGGGUGGCUCCAAAACUAGAGAGUGGGGACAUCCAGUCCAUUAUGGAUCCAAGAUUAGAGGGAAAGUUCAAUAAUGCUUCAGCAUGGAAAUUUUUAGAGAUAGCCAUGUCUUGCAUUCCACAAGUUGCAAUUCAAAGGGCUGAUAUAGGCCAUGUAGUAGCUGAUUUAAAGGAAUGUCUGGCCUUGGAAAUGUCCCUUCAAAAUGCAGAAAGUAACAGCGGCGGAACUUCUGGAUCUGCUUUGAGUACCACUUAUUUUCCACUUGAAUCAAACUCCGGUCCAUGUGCUAGGUAG